CCUCCCACUCCUCUCCUUCCGCCGACCACACCCCGAAUCCCCCUCCCUUUGCUUUUCUACUCCUCAACUCCGCUCCACUCUCCACCCGGGAUGGCGGACGCCACGCACGCCGCCGCCGAUGGCGGCGUCGCCACCAUCCUCGCCUCCGCCGACGGCAGGGACUUCCUCCUCCGCAACUCCGCCGACAAGGUCAAGAUCAGUAGCAUCAAGGCAAGCACAGUGGCCCUCUACUUCUCGGCCUCAUGGUGCCCACCAUGCAGGCGCUUCACGCCUAAGCUUAUUGAAGCAUACAAUGAGCUGGUCUCCCAGGGAAAGAGCUUUGAGGUUGUCUUUGUUUCAGGGGAUAGUGAUCAAGACGCAUUCAAUGCCUACUUUGCAAAGAUGCCUUGGUUGGCAGUCCCCUUCUCAGACUCCGAGGCUCUCGCCAAGCUUAAUGAACGCUAUAAGGUGAUGGGUAUUCCACACCUUGUAAUCCUUGAUGCAAAAUCUGGUGAAAUUUACACUGAAGAUGGAGUGGAGCUUGUGCAUGAGUAUGGUACAGAAGCUUACCCUUUUACAACAGAGAGGAUCAAUGAAUUGAAGGAACAGGAAAAGGCAGCUAAAGAUAAUCAAACUAUUCAUAGUCUGUUUGGUACACCCACCCGCGACUACUUAAUCACCAACAAGGGAGACAAGGUGCCCAUCUCUGACCUCGAAGGCAAGUAUGUUGGUUUGUGCUUUGUGGUGAAUGGCUAUGGUCCAGUUGUUCAAUUCACCUCAGUGCUUGCCAAAAUAUAUGAAAAACUUAAAGCAGUUGGGGAGAAGUUUGAAGUUGUAAUGGUAUCAUUGGACGGUGAUGAGGAAUCAUUCAAUGAGAGUUUUGCAGACAUGCCUUGGCUUGCCAUUCCUCAGGGAGAUAAGAUGUGUGAGAAGCUGGCUCGUUAUUUUGAGCUCAGUGGCCUUCCUAUGCUUGUCCUGAUUGGUCCUGAUGGGAAGACACUGAAUGACGAUAUUGCUGACAUAAUUGAUGAGCAUGGUCCAGAUGCAUGGGAAGGUUUUCCUUUCAGUGCAGAGAAGCUCGAAAUUCUUGCUGAGAAGGCAAAAGCUAAAGCAGAAUCACAGACCCUGGAGUCCCUUCUGGUCACUGGUGAUUUGGACUUUGUCCUUGGGAAAGAUGGGGCAAAGGUUCCUGUAUCAGAACUUGUUGGGAAGACUGUCCUCCUCUACUUUUCAGCUAAAUGGUGCCCUCCAUGCCGAGCCUUCCUGCCUAAACUUGUAAACGAAUACAACAAGAUCAAGGAGAAGCACAAUGAUUUUGAGAUCGUAUUUAUUUCUAGCGAUCGAGAGCAGAGUUCCUACGAUGAGUUCUUCUCUGGCAUGCCAUGGCUUGCUCUUCCUUUGGGAGACGAAAGGAAGCAACAAUUGAGUAAGAUCUUCAAAAUCACUGGGAUCCCUUCGCUUGUCGCCAUUGGUCCUGAUGGGAAGACAGUGACCAAAGAUGCGAAGACCCCACUGGUGGCCCAUGGCGCCGACGCUUUUCCAUUCACCGAGGAGAAGCUUCAGGAGCUGGAGAAGGAGAAGGAGAAGAAGAUCAAUGACAUGGCAAAGGGGUGGCCUGAGAAGCUAAAGCAUGAUCUGCACGAUCAUGAGCUUGUGCUGACUCGCUGCACCACGUAUGGCUGCGAUGGAUGCGACGAGAUGGGCGACUCAUGGUCCUACAGGUGCAAGGAAUGUGACUUCGAUCUGCAUCCCAAGUGCGCGCUGGAGGAGAAGGGCGAUGUGGAGAUGGGAGAGGAGAAUGCUGAGGCUGCCCCCGCUGGGUAUGUGUGCGAGGGAGACGUCUGCAGAAAGGUCUAAAGGAGUUGUUUUGUUUCCCCUGGCUUCUUUUUAUCUCUGUGCCGGUUGAAUCGUGCCUGAAUGUUUGGGAUGUGAAUCCUAUGUGAUGAGUAUAAUAAAACAAUCGUCUCCUGGUUUUGCUUAUAAUAUGUUUGGGCUGGAUGAUACAUUGGUAUUUGUGGAUAUUAAAAUGAGCUGGGUUUGGAUUAAUGUGUGCAAAA